UGUAGUUCGUCUUCCAGCCAGUAGGCAGAGACGUGCAUCCUUUUGGUUGGAAGUGACAGAGCUGAGGAGGGGAAAAAAAUCAAAAUGGCGAUGCACGGACCUGGAAGAUCAGCUAACGUCAGUGUACUGUCAUCUGUUACUUUCCAAUUGCUGCUGAAACUGACAACAGUCUACUUUGUCUUCUAUUUCCUGUUCACCCUCGGCUUGAUCAUCAGAAAGAGCUUGGUGCUGCCUUAUCCUGUUGAUGCUCUGGUCUGUGAUGUCUGUCUGCUGUUCCUCCUGGCUGCUCUGGAUUUCCUCCAUUUUUUCUGUGGUGUGAAGGGCAACCUGACGGAGAGUGAGCGCUAUAUUCUGGCUAACCUCAUUGUGACAGGGACAACUAUCCUGCUGACGAUCUACUUCCUAGUGUGGCAGACGUACGUGAUGAGGGCAGACAUAAUCAUUAGCAGCGUCUUACUCGUUGCCUACGGCUUAGAUGGAGUCCUGGCUCUCAGCACUCUAGCCCGACUGGCCAGUGUCUAUUCAUGAAGACGCCUUCUCUUCAUCUUCAUCUUCAUGUUGUAUGUUAUAGCUGAACUCAGCCCGUCUGCACUUCUUUGGUACGGCCAGAAAUCAAAGUAACUUAAGACAGUUUCAAUAUUUAUAAGGUGAAGACUGUUUGUUUGGACUGUUAUUUUUAUAACUUAAUUUGUUAAAUACUACGUACUGGUUCAUCUGUGCUAGCAGGAUCUCUCAGGGAUUUAACUUUGGUCCAGUCAGGCCUGUUUGCCUUAGAAACAUAUUAACAGAUUUUUCUUUCAUUUCCCUAUGCUCUUUUUCUUUUUUUUUCUUUUUUUUUACACGUGUUGAAGAUUAAUAUAUGUAUUUGUGUUACUAUUGAUUAUUUAUAUUAAACAUACAACAAUA